AUGUUUAGAACCUCAUCGAUAAUAUACAGUGUUAUAUUAAACCAUAUAAAUUUCCCACAGCUUGUGCGAAGCCUUAAUGAAUCAUUAGCUGCUCGAAAUUCAAAAAAAGGACGAGAUCAUCUAAUGUGGAUGCUUCUUCAAUAUAUUUCUGGUUCCAUUCAGAAGACUCCUCUAACAGAUUUCUUACCAUUCUUCAAACUUCAUGAUCUACUCUACCCUGAAAAGGAUCCUCUUCCUGUUCCCGAUAUAACUAAACCUAUCUGCACUCAUACUUUCGCGAUCAGUUCCAUUUGGACUCAUUUGUUGAAGAAAGCAGAAAAUGAACCUCAAAAGAUGAUAAGACCGAUUCCAAAUUGUCUCAGGCUUCAUGUUGAAUUUCUUCACCAAUCUUUUAUGAGCAGUGAUCUACCCGCCAGUUAAAUGAUUCUUGAGAAUGAUCGAAUCAAUCCAAUAGCAUACAAAAUCUUGGACCGAAUUGGAGCCAAAGCUUUAUCUUCUCAUUUAAGAAUCUUGGUGGACUAUCUCGUUAAUGAAUUUACAAAUCUCUGUGGGACUCAAAAUGUUACUAAAUAUAUUGAUAAAUUGAAUGAUUUCAUUUGGAAAAGUGCUGUCAUAACUCAGGACAGAUUACUUUUAUAUCUGACUCUGAGAGCUUACGAAGGUAAUGAAGCUCAAGUUUCUUUGUUUAUCAUUCAAAUGUUAUUGCUCAAAACGACUGAUUUUUCCAAUCGAGUUGCUGAUUUUGUCAGAGAAAUGUCUCCAGAACACUGGAAGCAAUCAAAUUGGCACGAAAAGCAUCACGCUCUACACAGAAAAUAUCCAGAAAAAUUUUAUUUCGAAGGGCUCGCAGAUAUAAGUGGUCAAAAUAUGCAACAUUCAUAUCUGCCAACUUAUUUUAGCAAUAUUUGUCUUCGUUUUAUACCUGUUCUUGACUUGAUCAUUCAUCGCUAUCUUGAACUGCCACCAGGAUCACCAAGUCCAUUGAUUGACUCAUUGCUAGAAAAAUAUGGUUGCCUUUAUAAAUUUCAUGAUCGUCCAUUAACCUAUUUGUAUGAAACAUUACACUAUUAUGAGCAUAAAAUGCGAGAAAAACCCGCAAUUUCUUCGUUUAAAGACAUUAAACCAGCGAACUGGGCUGUUACUGAUGCAUACUUGAAUUACAUGAAGCGUCCUGUUGAAGAUUUAGCCUGGAAUCCUGAAUUAGACUAUUAUUUCAAACUGAUUAGUAGAGUGGUUGAUACUUUUCAGGGUAAAUCUCCAUUUCCACAUGUUGAUUGGCGUUUCAAUGAAUUUGCAAAUGCUGGUGUUCAUGCUCUUCAUAUUACAUGCAUUGAACUUAUGGCAUUACCAGUGGCUGCCAAUGUCGUUGCCAAUAAUUUGAUUGAUCUUGUUGUUGUUGGACACAAAUACAUUCCAAGAAAUACUAUCGAGUUCUGGAACAAUGCGAUUGGUGUUGUAUUAACAGCUUUACCAGAAGCAUACUGGUCUGUUAUCAAUGAUCGGAUCAUAAGCAUGAUGGAAAGUCCUCUUUUAACUUAUUCACCUCAUUUUGAACCAUUUCAAAUGAUUAACUUUAUGCUGAGCGAACACGUAAAGCUAUGGAAGUUACUAUCGAGUUGUACUCUUUCCUCGAGACUAUUGAUAAAAAUUGCACUGAGUUACGUUUUAUGGACAUUGGUUUACAUUGAUUUGACACAUUAAAUAUGGAUUGAUUUUAGGGUCUCUGCUUGUAGAAAUAAAAGUGAGAACGACAAUUAACGUGUCAGUUUGAAAUUUGUCAAACCAAUAUAAUACAAUGGCAAUAUAUGGCACAAUCAAAAAAAAAUAAGUUGGUGUAAAUUGGGUAAGGAAUUGAUAUUUUCAUUCAGCAAAGGGGAAAUCA